AUGGCCGUCGACGUGGGUGACUCCAUCUUCUUGCUCUUCAUCUUCCUAUUCUCCACUCUCAUCUUCUUCAUCUUCCAUUUGUCCAAGAAGAAGCCCGCGCGUAGCCCGCGGAGCCCACUGGCCCUCCCCAUCCUCGGCCACUUCCACCUUCUCAGCUCCGCCCUGCCAAAGUCCCUCGAGGCCCUAGCCCGGCGCUACGGCCCCCUCAUGCAAAUCAGCAUCGGCUCGUCCCGCUUCCUUGUCGCCUCUGAUGCCGACACUGCACAGCAGAUCUUGAGGGCCAAUGAUGUCGAGUUCGCCUCCAAGUUCGUCUUCGCGCCCUCCCACCACAACAUCUUCAAGGAGGCCGAGUUCGUGAACGCGCCCUACGGCACGUACUGGAAGUUCAUGAAGCGGCUGUGCAUGACCAAGCUCUUUGCGGGCCCGCAGCUCGACCGGUUCUACCACAUACGUGAGGAUGAGACGAUGAAGAGAGAUGGUGAGGAUACGAUGAUGUGUGGCGCGAGGCUAAGCUUCGCGGAGGUGCAUGGGCCGUUGAAGCACGUUGACCUGUUCGGGAACGGGAAGAGGCUGAGGACAGCGCUGAGGAGGUUCGAUGCGCUGAUCGAGCAGAUAAUCAAGGAGUACGAGGAUGACUGCGGGGAGGCGAGUGAAGAGAAAGAUGUGAUGGACAUCUUGCUAGAGACGUAUAGAGAUCCAAAUGCUGAGAUCAGGUUGACCAGAGAUCAGAUCAAGCAUUUCUUCCUAGAUCUUCUGAUAGCCGGCGUGGAUACCACGUCGGCAUCGAUGCAGUGGGCCAUAAUCGAGCUGUUGAAACACCCUCACAAGCUCAAGAAGCUGAGGAGGAGAUUGACACGGCGGUAG